AUGCGUACUACGGCCGAAUUUCAAGGUUCUGUUCUGAAUCUUCGUGGGGUUCAGGUUCACUCCAUGGAGGGUUCAAGCAUGGAGCAAGAGCUUGAUUUGUUUCAAAAGCGUGUGACUGAGCGGUUCCUGGAGCUAUCUUCAGUUGAAAGUGAUGAAUUGCUCUCUCUUUCAUGGAUCAGGAAGCUGCUGGAUUCGUUUCUGUGUUGCCAAGAGGAGUUCAGGGUGAUUCUCCACAACCACAGGGCUCAGGUGUUGAAGCACCCUCCCUUGGAUCGCAUGGUGGGUGAGUUUUUUGAAAGGAGUGUGAAGGCACUUGAUGUGUGCAACGCAAUCCGUGAUGGGGUUGAGCAGAUUAGGCAGUGGCAGAAGCUCUUGGAGAUUGUUCUCUGUGCAUUGGAUCACAAGAGGAGCAUUGGGGAAGGUCAAUUUCGCCGCGCCAAGAAGGCGCUUGUUGAUUUGGCCAUUGGAAUGCUUGAUGAUAAGGACUCCAACUCCAGUGGUUCUAUAGCUCAUAGGAACAGGUCCUUUGGUAGAAACAACAAUGGUUCAAGGGAUCAUAACCAUAGCAAUAAUCAGCAUAAUUCCUUGGGGCAUUUUAGGUCACUUUCUUGGAGUGUGUCAAGGAAUUGGUCUGCUGCUAGGCAGCUACAAGCCAUUGGGAACAACUUGUCCCCUCCUAAGGCUAAUGAUCUUGUUGUCACUAAUGGCCUUGCUUUGCCUAUUUACACAAUGAGUUGUGUUCUAGUGUUUGUUAUGUGGGCACUUGUGGCCGCAAUUCCAUGCCAGGACCGUGGGCUGGGGCUCCAUUUCUCGGUGCCAAGGCAGUUCCUGUGGGCGGCUCCAUUGAUGGCACUGCACGAGCGGAUCGUGGAGGAGUCAAAAAAGAGGGAGAGAAAGAACACUUGUGGGUUGCUGAAGGAGAUUCACCAGAUUGAGAAGUGUGCUAGGGUGAUCAAUGAGUUGGCUGAUUCUGUGCAGUUUCCUUUGAGUGAGAAGAAGGGAGAAGAGGUUAGGCAGAAAGUGCAAGAUGUUUCAAGGGUUUGUGAAGCCUUGAAAGAUGGAUUAGACCCUAUGGAACGCCAAGUGAGGGAGGUGUUUCACAGAAUUGUUCGCAGCAGAACUGAGGGGCUUGACACUCAUGGCAGAGGGUAA